UCAAAAUCUUCAGCUGACGGCGACCGGACAAAACCAGACCCGAACCCUAAUAUUAAAAUUUCCUCCCAAAAUAAAAUCCUCGUACUGACAGAGAAAAGGAUUGCUAUCCUAAACUACUUGGGAUUGUUGUUAGCAGAGUUUUGCUUAUUUAUAUAUGUGUGUAUCGCAAUUUUUUUUUUAUUUUUAUUGUAUCUUUUCCCCUACAGUACUGAAGAAGAAAAAGAACGAGAAGACUGUUAAUUAAUUUAUAAUCGGUGAAUUUGUGAAGAUAAAUGGCAAAAGCUGCACAGCUUACCUCUAAUUUUGUACUACAGAAGUGUAACACUAGCAGUAUUUAUUUGGAGGAUCGGAUUAGUAGAUUGUCAGAUGACAUUCUUGUUAUAAUUUUGUCUCGGUUGACGAUGCGAGAAGCGGCAAGAACAAGUGUCCUCUCAAGUAGAUGGAAAAAUCUGUGGAUAUACAUGACUGGUAGUUUGGACUUUGAUGCUUCGAAGGUGUUGUGGGAAGUUCAAAAAAGAGUGUGUGGGAAGUUCCUGAAAGAUGAAAGGUCUAAGUAUGUAAGCUGGGUAAAUCGAGUCUUGAGCUCACAUAAGGGUACAACUAUAGAGGAAUUCAGAGUUUCUUUUGAUUUGGAUAUAUAUUAUGGGAUUUAUAUCGAUGCUUGGAUUAACUUCGCCAUAAAAAAGAGAGUUCAAAGGCUUGAGCUGAACUUAAAACGACUUUAUUAUUCUCAAAGGCAGGGGCGGUACUUUUUUCCUUCAAACUCUCAUGUUUUAUCCAGCCUCAAAAAUCUAACUUCGCUUCGUUUGAAUUGCUUAGAUGUGAGUGGAGAGGUUCUUGAAUACUUAUUAUCCAACUGCCCGUUUCUUCAAGAAUUGCAUGUGGUAGACUCCACACGUGUGGUAAAACUAAAGGUUUCCGGUCCGUCACUCAAAUUGAAGUCGUUAGUGAUGGUUAACUGUUACAAUUUGGAAUGUAUUGAGAUUUCUUCAGUGAACCUUGUGUCUUUUAAAUAUCAAGGGGGUUCAAGCACACGCAUUCUUUUGGAGAAUGUCCCCCAUCUCACGGAUGUAUCUUAUGGGGGUUGCUAUUCGGAUUAUAUAAUAAAAAAGUUUCGUCAGUUCCCUAGUUAUAUGUUUCAGCUAGAGAAACUUUCAUUGCACUUGAGUGAUGAGGUACUUUAUAUCUUUCCCAAGUUUCCCAAAUUAAGAAAUCUCAGGCAAUUGGAAUUGACAGUAGAAGCAUAUGAUAAAUGGAGCCUCCUUCCCUGCAUUUUUCUGCUAAACGCAUCUCCUUUUCUAUAUAGAUUUUCGCUUGCAUUUUUAUCGCGCAGCGGACCUUCUAUAGGAAGAAAUACGGUAGGGAAUUCUAAAAAACAUACGCUCAAAUGCAUCAAAAUAGUGGAAUUGGUUGCAUUCGCUGGGCGUAAACCUGAUGUUGAGUUUGCUGAGUAUAUACUUGAGAAGGCCAUAUCACUUGAGAAGAUGAUUAUUGAUACGCGCUACCUGUAUUCAGUUGGAACUCCAUCCGAGAAUGUGGAAGAUGAGAAGAGACUAGCAGCAAAAAAGUGUGCUGAGCAACUACAUACAAAACGACGUCCGGGAGUUGAUUUAGUGAUACUUUAAGUUAUCAAGAACUGCACGAGUGAGAUCUGUUUUGAUGCUAUAUAGAGGACUCCCUUGUCGUGUAAGAUCUGAGGUUGGGAGUCAAAGCACCAAGGUUAUCAGGGAUUGUUAUAUUAGUUCAAACAGGAUAAUAGCUUCGAUCUCGACAGGAUAGAUGUUGAUAACUGAUUAGGGUUGAGAAAGGUCUUAAUUCAUGUUGUAUGACAUUCUCAAUUUUUUUUUAUGCAUUUGCGUGAGUGCAGAAUUAUAAAGAUCCCCUCAACCAGGAUGCAGCUGCUGUGUUAAGACUCGAGACAUCAUCAUGUACCAAAUUGUUUGCAUAAGGGUUCAAAAGCUUUAGAUUUA